AUGGCUGGUGGUCCCGUCGCAGCAGGUGGCGGCAUUGGUGCCAAUGCCCCAAGGAACAAGGCUGCCGGUAUUGCAAUGACCGCCUUCGCCGCCUUUGGUGGUAUUCUCUUUGGUUAUGACACCGGUACCAUCUCUGGUAUCAUCGAAAUGUCCGACUGGCUUCACCUCUUCGGUACCCCAUGUCCUGCGGACCUCGCCGCUGACAGCUGCACCAACGGCUACUAUCUUCCAUCCAAGCGGUCAUCCCUCGUCGUUUCCAUCCUAUCGGCUGGUACCUUCUUCGGUGCUCUUCUCGGCGCGCCCGUGGCCGAUAUCAUUGGUCGUCGCCUCGGUAUCCAGCUCUCAUGUCUCGUCUUUGCCCUCGGUGUCGCUCUCCAGACAGGCUCCUCCAACAUAGCGACCUUUGUCGUCGGCCGUGUCUUCGCUGGUCUGGGUGUCGGCCUCGUCUCCACCCUCAUCCCCAUGUACCAGUCCGAGUGUUCCCCCAAGUGGAUCCGAGGUGCCGUUGUCGCCGGCUACCAGUGGGCCGUCACCAUCGGUCUCCUGCUCGCGUCCGUCAUCAACAACGCGACCAAGAACCGUGACAGCCACGCCGCAUGGCGCAUUCCCAUCUCCAUCCAGUUCAUUUGGGCAUUCAUCCUCUGCACCGGCAUGAUCUUCCUGCCCGAGUCGCCUCGUUGGUUGGUCAAGCAGGGCAGAGAUGAACAAGCCGCAGCUGCGCUUUCCCGCCUCACUGGCUACGGCCCAACUGACCCGGAGCUGGAGCUGGAGUUGGCCGAUAUCCGUGCAGGCCUCGAGGAGGAGAAGGCUUCCGGCGAGAGCUCAUAUCUCGACUGCUUCCGCCCCUCACACAAUAAAAUUAUCCUCCGUACCCUCUCUGGUAUCUUCAUCCAGGCGUGGCAGCAGCUUACGGGUAUCAACUUCAUCUUCUACUACGGCACCACGUUCUUCAAGAACUCGGGUAUCUCCAACCCCUUCCUCGUUUCAGUGGCAACGAACAUUGUCAAUGUGUUCAUGACGCUCCCAGGCAUGUGGGGCGUCGAGCACUUCGGUCGUCGUUCUCUCUUGCUCUGGGGUGCGGUCGUGAUGACCAUCUGUGAAUUCCUCGUUGCUAUCAUUGGUGUCACUAUCUCCGUCACCGAUCAGUCUGGUCAGAAAGCUCUGAUUGCGUUGGUCUGCAUCUAUAUUGCCGCCUUCGCUUCCACAUGGGGUCCCAUUGCUUGGAUUGUCGUGGGUGAAAUCUACCCGCUCAACGUUCGUGCGAAGGCCAUAUCGAUGUCCGUCGCGUCCAACUGGCUCUGGAACUGGGCGAUCAGCUACAUGACGCCGUACCUCGUCGACACCGGUCCAGGCAAUGCGGGUCUGCAGGCGAAGGUGUUCUUCAUCUGGGGCUCUACUUGCCUUGGCGCGGGCAUCUUCGUGUACUUCUGCAUCCCCGAGACGAAGGGCCUGUCGCUCGAGCAGAUCGACCUGCUCUACCAGAACUCGACGCCGCUUACGUCCGCACGCUACCGCGAGGAGCUUAUCGCGAACGACGUGCACGUUGCGGACCACGCUCCCGCGCACUCGGACGAGAAGGCGUCGCAAGAAAAGGUCUAA